AUUUUAAGUUUGCACAAUACAUCAUGAUCCAGCUGAGGUGGUUCACCUCGCCCACAAGGAAGAAUACAGCAGAAGAGCAACUUCCUUUAACUGCCAUCCAACUUGCAGCACAGACCUGCAUUUCCUUAACUGCAGUUGAAAAAUCUUCUUCAGCUAUAGUUGCACUAUUAUAAAACAUGCCUGUUAAAUCAGAAUUAACUAUAGAUGUAGGACCCAAGGCUACCAAUCAAGUUCCUGCGUGCUGCUCAGCUCGCUACAAUCUAGCACUACUGGCCUUUUUUGGGUUCUUCCUCCUGUAUGCAUUACGUGUGAACCUGAGUGUUGCUCUGGUGGAUAUGGUAGAAUCUAACACAAGCUUAGCAAAGAAUACGACUUCCAAUGUGUGUCCAGAGCACUCUUCCACCAUAAAUGUUCCUCGCAACACAACGGGAGAAAAAUACUCUUGGGAUGCUGAUACUCAGGGAUGGAUCCUUGGUUCUUUUUUCUAUGGCUAUAUCAUUACUCAGAUUCCAGGAGGAUAUCUUGCAAGCAAAAUUGGAGGAAAACUGUUGCUGGGGUUUGGCAUCUUUGGCACCUCUGUAUUCACUUUGCUUACUCCCCUAGCUGCAAAUCUGGGAGUUGGCUACCUCAUAGCGGUUAGAGCCUUGGAAGGAUUGGGAGAGGGUGUUACCUUCCCAGCUAUGCAUUCGAUGUGGUCUUCUUGGGCUCCUCCACUGGAACGCAGCAAGCUUCUUAGUAUUUCAUAUGCAGGUGCACAGCUGGGAACUGUUGUCUCUUUGCCACUAUCUGGUUUAAUUUGCUACUAUAUGAACUGGAUUUACGUGUUUUACAUAUUUGGUGCACUUGGUGUACUAUGGUGGUUCUUCUGGAUGUGGUUGGUUAGUGAUACACCAGAAACUCACCGGAGAAUUUCACAUGCUGAAAGGGAAUAUAUACUCUCUUCUCUAAAAGAUCAGCUUUCUACACAAAAAUCUGUUCCCUGGAGACCUAUACUGGAGUCCCUUCCACUCUGGGCUAUCGUUGUGGCACACUUCUCUUAUAACUGGACUUUCUACACUCUCCUUACACUCUUGCCUACAUACAUGAAGGAGAUCCUGCGAUUUGAUGCACAGGAGAAUGGGUUUUUGUCUGCCCUACCUUAUUUUGGCUGCUGGUUAUGUAUAAUUCUGUCUGGGCAAAUUGCUGAUUACUUACGGCAAAAUCAGAACUUGUCCACUGUUUGUGUUCGCAGAUGUUUUACCCUAAUAGGAAUGAUUGGACCUGCAGUGUUCUUAGUAGCAGCUGGAUUCAUAGGUUGCAACUAUGCACUGGCUGUUGCAUUCGUGACCAUAUCAACAACACUAGGAGGAUUUUGUACAUCUGGCUACAGCAUAAACCAUCUGGACAUAGCACCUUCAUAUGCUGGAAUUCUCCUUGGGAUUACAAAUACUUUUGCUACUAUACCAGGAAUGGUGGGGCCAGUUAUUGCCAAGAACCUCACUCAUAAUAAUACUGUGGGAGAAUGGCAGACUGUUUUCUAUAUUGCUGCUUCUAUUAAUCUAUUUGGAGCCAUUUUCUUUGCAUUAUUUGCAAGUGGAGAAGUUCAGGACUGGGCAGUCAGUGGAUAUCACUUGCGUAGAAACUGAAAGUGACAUUGAAAUACCAAAGCUGUGCUAAAACCCAAUGUGUUAGAAUUAUGUGACCAGAAAAGUGCCUUCCCUCCUGAUGCCUAGAAGUCUUCAGAGCUUUUCAGUUAAACUAUUUAAUCUGUGUAUCUUUUGUAAUGAAAAUAAUUUGACAGCAUAUGUGUGCUAUUUCCUAACAAGGAACUACUUGGAUUAAGUAUGAAUUUCAUGCUAGGACUUGAUAUCAAAUAUAUGAUCAGAGACAACAUUUUAAAUCUCUGUGCUAGGCUCCAAUUCUUUCCAGUUUUUAAUUAAUAUUUUCUGAAUUAAUGUGUAGGCAGAUGUUUGUUGAUAUUGAAAUGAGAGGAAAAAGCAAAGUGAUUAUGUAGCACUGUAAGGAGGAAUGGCAUGCAAAGAAUUAUACCCCCAAAAAAUGUUUCGAUUUUUAUGAUGGUUUUUUGCUGGUUUUAGAUAGUUUUUUUUGCUUUUCAAAAGUCUAAAGAGUUCUAGUUUUCUACAGUGUUUUAUAAUGCUUUUAUUUUGUCAGGGUUUUAAUUGAUGUCUAAAACGCACACAUAAUUUUAUUCUGAUUAAUGCACAAGAUUUUGAUAUAUAAACAUUCCCUGUUUUGUGACUACAGCUUCACAUCUGAUACAGAGCAAUGAGGAAGUAGAAUAUACUGUUGUGACUGACAGAAUAAGCCAUGUGUUACUACUGUGCUCUGUGGUGCAGGUUUUUUAAAUAGGCUUAUUUUUAUUCAUCUGUGCAAAGAAGAAGCAGUGCAACUCUGGUUUAAAUCUAGUCAGCAUGCAAGAGUGAAAUAGAAAUGAAUAUCUGCAUGCUUAAAAUAACUUUCAGUUUGGCAGGGGUUUUUCGUCUUUCUAAAUUAACACAGUGAAAUUCUUUCUUCUUGUGUGUAGAUAUAUUUAUCAGUUUAUCAGUGUAAAUGCAAUAAAUUAAGGCCAGUUUGGGGAAUAAUGAGGAAAACCAGUUCUGUAACAACAGCCUUGUUUGUUAGUCAGAUAAAAGUAGACUAAAAAAGAGCUAGUGCAAUAACCUGAUGCUGUUAGUCUCCUAUCGACACAGAAUUUGACACUCAAGAGUAUCCUUUACACAAUCUGUAAUUAAAUGCCACACAGUAGAAAACAGAGAUUUUGUUAAGAACAAAUGGCUGAGUAAUCUUGUAGUCACAAAGCAAAGGAAAAUUCCUGUGCCAAAGAUUCCUGGAUUGGAGCAACUAGGUAAAAAGAAAAAUCACUGGGCUCUGGGUUUUUCAUUUACCAUCAAUCCAAAGAAAAGCCCAGUAAUGAAAGCUGCUCCAGUGGAGCUUACCGUCCUUCAUUUCUGGGAAAUGGCAUCUGCCUCUUCUUUUUAGCUUUAAGAGCCAUUUUUUGACCUUCCUUGAAGUGUCGUGUUCGCUGGUGGUGGAACUGUGUUUAAAUCUGCAUUUGUGUCUGCAGCAUUUCCACAAUAAACUAUGUGAAGUUCAGAUUAAAUUAGUAGUUGCUCAGUGGGAGCAUGUUAAAGCUACAUUGUGUCUUUAGUGUUUUCACAAUAAAUGUAAUUAAUAUUUA